AUGACUCCGGACAGGACGAGGCGCCGGGACUGGGUGUUGUCACAGCUUGCACAGUCGCCCACGAGUGAAAACCCGUCUCCGGGUACUAGCGACGAGGAGGAAAACGAGCGGCGGGUGAGUCUCAGCGUUCUGGAGGCAUGGCGAUUGUCUUUGACUAAAACCCGAGCCGACCAAGGCGACAAGCUGGAAGACAGACUCAGAACUUACUUGCUUACCUACCUUCACUUGCUACGGCAGGAAAUAGCAAUUAGCACGACCACUGCUUCAGCCACUUUCAGUUAUCAACGUGCACUGAUCAAUCGCAUGCGCGAUUCGCAGUUCGCCGAAAGUGCAGCUUACGAUGCGGCCACUUACAAGCCGACGUUCGUUCACGACGUACUGAUGUUGCCGGGAACUCUGGCUCAGUUGGUUGGCAAAGUAGGAUAUCCACCAGUCUCGGCUUCCUCAGAAGAUCUGUUACCAAAAAUGACUCCUGCUCUUCUCCACGGAGUUCAUGCCCAUAUCAACCUCGAGAGCAUGCAACCAGUACUGGUCACAGCACGACCAGAGGACUACGUUCAAGGCAUGAUUGUCUUCGGACUCAGAAAGCAUGCCAGGGACGCCGUCCGUAGACACUACCAUCCCUUUGCACACCGUCAUAGGGUGCAGGUCGAGUUCGAAGUAUGCGUAAGCACAAACCCACGAGAUCGAUCUUCUGCAGCACAUCUUUGGCACAUCGAACGCCGAGCUAUAACUGCGUAUGCUUGGGUUAUCAAUGCGCUCGACGAGUGUGAACUUGCAACUAAGAACGAGAGCUGCCCCAAUUGGCAACUCGAGGACUAUCUCGCAGGUAGGCUAUCGGUACGGGAACCAAUGCGGGUAGAACCGAGCGGUAAGGGAGACGAGGCCGAUGACGGCUACAUUGGCAGAGACAUCGUCGAGUAUGAAAGUGAGCCAGAGGAAGUGGUACGAGAACUGAGAUACUCUGAUCCUGCUAACAUUCACGACCAACGCACUCCGUACGAAAUUGUAUGGUAG